AACUCCUGGGGCUUUGAAUGAGUGUGGUGAGGCCUCUUUUUGUUCCAGCGGCUCUUACGCGUAGACUUGAAGUUCAAACGACCCGAGAUCGUCUCCCACUUUGCCGCACUUUCCUGCGUUUUCUCUCUCAUUUUCUCGCUCCGCCAAACGGGUUCCACCGACAGGAGGCACUUCCGAGAUCUGAAAUUGGAGUGAGUGGUCGCGGAAUUUGAGAGCUUUAAAAUCGCCCCAUAUUUCUGUAGGUAAUUAGAUUUACCUGAAUUUUGAGCGAUCCCAGUUCCGGCUUGUAGUUUGGAUCUUUGUUUGGAGGUGUAAAUGAGGUUUAUGAGAAACCCUUAAAAUAACUAACAAGAUUAGAUCUUGUCAGAUAAGCUUGAAAGAUGGUUGAUUAAGAACUGAGGGCUCAGUUAGAUGCUACUCAUCUCAAAUGCACAGUGGAUAACUAAAGGAGUUUUUCCAUGUGGAGGACUACUGAGUUCGGAUGGAGUAUCAGCUAUGCUAGAAGAUGUAGUAGCUGCCCUCUCUAAAGCAGGUUUAGAAUUGAACAUCUGAUAUGUCCAAUGCAAACUGGUGGAAAUAAUUUUUGGUUUUAGGUUAUUGUUGAUUUCAUGUUGAAGGUGCUUUUUGUGCACUUUACAAGCAACAUUCUCACCAGUGCGCUGACUUCAUGGAGUUAUCUCGGAUGGCUAUUGGUAAUCUAUUCGUUCCACAAAAUUUAAUUAUUGAGUUGGGGAGUAAAACGACUUGAUAUAUAACUGGUUUUUGGUAGAAAUGAAGAUUUGUUACAUAGUCCUUGUAGCUGCAUCCUUGUUUAUGUUGCUCAUUCUGAGGUAUGGAGUUAUGAAAAAUCCUGUCAGUGAUUAUCUCACAAGUCCAUAUCCCUAUAACACAACAAAUCCCCUUGAAUGGAUUACUUCUGGAGCUCCUCCUGUGGUUCAGAAUCCAGAGAAUAGUACUAAAGUGCUUUCUGUUGAUACUAUAAUCUCCAGUUUGUUUUCUCAGAGGAACAUAUCCAAUGAAGAGCAGCAAUCUUUGGAAACAUGGAACCACCUAAAACACUUAAUAGGCAAUGGUCAGGUCUUACCUAAUGCAGCUGAGGCAAUUAAGGAAGCUGGAAUUGCAUGGAAUAAUCUUAUGGCUUCAGUUGAAGAGGAAAAACUUUCCUAUGGAAAUACGAGUUCCCAUAAGAGGGGAAAAGAGAAACAGUGUCCACAUUUUCUGACUAAGAUUAAUGCCACGGGGCUUGAUAGUGGCUUUAGGUUGCAGGUUCCUUGUGGUCUGACUCAAGGUUCUUCUAUUACCAUUAUUGGCAUUCCAAGUGGUCUUCUCGGUAACUUUCGGAUCGACCUGACUGGGGAACCACUUCCAGGGGAGCCAGAUCCUCCCAUUAUUUUGCAUUACAAUGUUAGGCUUCAUGGUGAUAAGAUAACUGAAGACCCUGUAAUUGUACAGAAUACAUGGACUGUUGCUCAUGAUUGGGAUGAAGAGGAGCGUUGUCCAUUACCUGACCCCAACAAAAAUAAGAAAGUGGAUGAGUUGGAUCAGUGCAACAAGAUGGUGGGCAAAGAGAAGGGUUUGGCAGCAAAUGGGCACUUCAAUGGUUCAAGGAAGAUUUCAAUGGUUCCAGAAGGAUCUAAAAGAAAAAAAUAUUUUCCAUUUAAGCAAGGUUAUUUGUCUGUUGCAACACUUAGAGUGGGAACAGAAGGAAUCCAGAUGACGGUUGAUGGAAAGCAUCUGACAUCCUUUGCUUUUCGUGAAGGUUUGGAGCCAUGGCUGGUUAGUGAAGUAAGGAUUUCAGGAGACAUAAAAUUAGUCUCUGUUGUGGCCAGUGGUUUACCAACAUCAGAGGAUUUAGAGCAUGUAAUCGACUUAGAAGCACUUAUAUCACCACCUCUUCCUUCUCAAAAGCCAUUGGAUCUCUUCAUAGGUGUCGUCUCUACAGCAAACAAUUUUAAACGCAGGAUGGCUGUUCGGAGAACAUGGAUGCAGUAUGCUGCAGUGCGAUCUGGGGCAGUUGCUGUGCGCUUUUUUGUUGGUCUGCAUAAAAACCAGAUGGUGAAUGAGGAGCUCUGGAAUGAAGCACAAACAUACAAAGACAUACAGCUGAUGCCGUUUGUUGACUACUACAGCCUCAUCACUUGGAAGACUGUAGCUAUAUGCCUCUUUGGGACUAAGGUGGCAUAUGCAAAGUUCGUUAUGAAAACUGAUGAUGAUGCAUUUGUUCGUGUGGAUGAAGUGCUGGCUUCUUUAAACAGGACAAAUGUGACCCGGGGUUUGCUUUAUGGUCUAAUCAACUCAGAUUCCCAACCUCAUCGGAAUCCUGAUAGCAAGUGGUAUAUUAGUUCUGAGGAAUAUGCUGGGCAGCGUUACCCUCCUUGGGCACAUGGACCCGGAUAUGUUGUGUCACAAGACAUAGCAAAAGCAGUCUAUAAGAAAUCUGAAGACGGGCACUUGAAGAUGUUUAAACUCGAAGAUGUGGCAAUGGGAAUCUGGAUUGAGGAUAUGAAGAAGGGGGGCUUGAAAGUAAGGUACGAGAACGAACAAAGGAUCUAUAACGAGGGGUGUAAAGACGGUUAUGUCGUUGCUCACUACCAAGGUCCAAGAGAGAUGCUCUGUUUAUGGCAGAAACUCCAAGAAGGAAGCGCUCAAUGUUGUGGAGAACAUUAACUGUAUUUAACAAGCCAUUUUUGGUUUCUGAAACCUCCCGAAUUCUUUGUAGAGAGAUUCAACUUUGCUUGAGAUGGAAAGAGAGGAGGAAGGUGCAACAAGCCACUAGAUUCAUCUUGGUUGCUGCUGGUCUAUAAUAGUCUCAACCGACUUGCAACUAGAAGAGACGAAGGCGCAAUUGUGCAUUUUACUCAAAAGCUGCAGUCACCAUUGUAUAACAAUGAAUUUCUUGUAGUAAAAGCAUAGUGGUAGGCUAGUUUUGAGGAUGUUUGUAGCAUAUUUAGAGAGGUAGAUGGUGCUUGUACAGUGCUAAGUACAUUACCAGUCGUAUUCAAUUAUCAUCACAUAACAUAUCUUCUUUAA